AGUGUACGUUUCUCUGCCUCCGUGCCACGACGCCUCCAGCUGUCUAUUUCUGUAGUACACCAACUGACAGCUCAACAUUUGCUUAUCACGGCCAUUUGACCUCGAUCAUUGACAUUUCGCCCUACAAGUUCACACAUUUAGAAAAUGAAAAGAACGAACGCGUACAGAACAAAUCAAAAUGAAAUCUGUUUUGAUAGGAUGCUCGAUGAAUAUAAACCUAAUAGAUGCAGCAGUGUCGAAAGUUCGGUGUUUGAACUAUAUCAUAAAAGUCGGAAAUUUUCAACUACCCCAAAGAAAUAUGAAAUUUUGAAAAAUCAAAAGUGCGAACCCAGAACCGGUUCUGAAAGAAAUGAUGACGUCAACCAUGGUAAUGUUCAAUUAUGCAAUAAUACUGACACUCCGAGUUUGGUAAAUAAAGCCAACAACGUUAAAUCAGAAGAUCAACUAGGCUCAGAACUCCCAAAGACUCGUGAGGAUAUCUUUAUCAAAUCACUUAUCGAUAAUUCAAAGAACGAUGAUGGAAAAACUAAAAUCUUAAAAAAACCCUACGAGUUGUUUUCCAACGACUUGAUCAUUCAUGUCAGGAGUGAGCGUGGCAUCGAAAUUUGGACCAAAGUCAGAGGUUCUUUCAGUAAUGAAUACCAAAUUCCAAGUCACUUGAAAGAAACCAAACCGUUAUUGAAGUAUGACCAUAAGCUUAAUAAAUUGGCCCUCAAAAACUUACAUCAACACCUCGAGGGUCUAAUCACUGAAGAUGAUCCGAAUGAUACAAAGGAUGAUCUAUGUGGUCUGACUUUAGGUAAAGUUAAGUUCCCUGGCAUUCCCGAUGCAUAUGAAAGGAGAAGGGAAAUGUAUCCCACCAAUUAUCCAAACGACAGAAAACUACACUAUUGGGGGGGUGAUGUAGGUUUUGAUGAUAAUUUAUAUCAAAAAGUUUUGAUAGAUCGAGUGCGUAAAUCAAAGAAUAUCCUCGCCCAAGGGAUCAGUAUGCAUGAAAUUUUACGAGCGAAUGAACAAGUAGAUCGGUUGAAUGAGGAGAGUAUGCAAUUUCCUUAUUCAAAAGUAGAAACCAACAGUGAAGAACAAUCAACGAUCAACAAUUCUGAGGAAUCAAGUCAGGAUGCCUCUAACAAUCAAGAAAGACCUCGUGCUCGAGGUUACGAAUGCUCCAUAUGUGGUGAUUCAUUCAUAAAUGAAGUACUUUUGGAAUUGCACCAGGCAGUCUAUUUGGAUGAUCAUCUACAUCGGAAGAGGGACAGACCGAUCGAUUCUGCAGAUCCAUAGAAGAAUUGUAAUUAAUUGAAAAAUUGUUCUCGUAUUGACUUGAAAUGCUUAAUUUACUUUUUCAAAUUAAAAUAAAGUA